GAACUGGUUAAAGCGAAGAAAAAAUUCAUCUGAGACAUGGGUCACUCAUGAUAGGUUUUGUGCUUCCUCCACUGGGCCAACACAUGAUGAACUGUUGACAUUUGAAUUAACAUGGGUGCAAUGCAACAUGAACGCCUUUGUUAGAAUCACCUCUCUUUCAAUUAGCAGUGUAAUUCUGGUCGGAGUAAUAACUGCUUCACUUUUGAAAUAUUUCUGGAAAGACAUUAAAUACAUGCAGCUGGUCAGGAGAGCAAAACGGCACAAUGGGUACAUUCAAAUUGGUGAUCAAAAUGGUAUCCAAAAUGAUAUCCUAAAUGAUGAUGUCAUCCAAGACAAUGAAAUAUAUGAUGCUUUUAUCAGUUACCAUUCUGAGAAACGCAUAUGGGUACGUGACGUGAUGACACCAGAACUGACUAACGGGGAUGUUCAAUUCUCACUGAUACAUGAUGAUAACAUCAUUCCAGGACAAGAGUCCUACUUUGGUGGAUUAAUGUCCCACAUGGACCGUAGCCGCCACAUUAUUUUCCUGGUUACACGAGGCUGGAUGAAGGAGGGAUGGAAUGAGUUUGAAAUGGACUCUGCUAUAGAUAUGCUCACCCAGACCAAACGCCACACACUCAUAGUUAUUCUGAUGGAACACAUACCACAAAAAGAUAUGUCACACAAACUUAAACUUAUGGUAAGACACAAUGUCUGCCUAAAGUGGAGUGAAGAAGAAGGAAACCAACGGAAAUUUUGGAGGGACCUUAAACUGGAACUCGGAAAAAAGCGAUAUGAGUGAGGGCAGGCAAAAUAGAAGGAUAUACAAUUAGUAUGAUUGUUUGAAAGCUGAAUAUCUGACUGAAAGUAGCUUGGUUUAAUAUAACACAAACACUUCCUUCUGUUGACGGAAAAACGAAUGUAUCCUUAUCAAAUAAUAAUUCCCCAAUUCUAGGAGGACAAAGGAGAUAUCAUUCCUGAGCAUUGAAGAAUUAUUUGUUUUAUCAUCUAUUGUAACGCCUUUAUUUCUGCUAUUUCCUGAAUUGAAUAUAGUAGUAAAUCAUAUACUGUGACCCGGGGUGACCCCUGAUGCAUUCUGGGAGUUUUUCAGGGGUCCACGCUGAUUGGGCAGUUUAAACCACGCGCCUACGCUCUGAUUGGUCGAGUUUUGACCACGUGACCGACCUUAUUAAUCACUGUUGAACUAGGUUAAUUAAAAUCGAUGGUUGACCGCUAAAAAGCCGUUUAACCUUGAAAGCCUGUACCGUCGGUACAGGUUCUGGUAAUUUGAUACGAAAUAUUGACAGCCGGUGAAGUAAAAUUAAUAAAAACGCGUCAGUCGUUGACUGGUAAUCGAUAAUAGGUAAG